AUGUUUGCUUCAUCGGAAAAGAAAAGAGUCGCUGCAGUAAGUGGGGACACCCAUCUUGGUGGAGGGGACUUUGACAACAGACUGGUGGCUCAAUUUGUUGACGACAUUAAGAGGAAGCAUAAGAAAGAUAUCAGUAAUAAUAAUAGAGCUCUUGCUAAAUUAAAGGCUGCUUCAGAGAGAGCUAAAAGGAUUCUUUCAAUGAACUUUCAAACUAUUGUUGAGGUCGAUUCCCUUUUUGACAACAUUGAUUUUACAUCGACCAUAACCCGUGCACGUUUUGAGAAUUUGAAUAUGGAUUUGUUUAAGAAGUGUCUGGAUACUGUUGAAAAGUGCUUAGAAGAUGCCAAGAUAGGAAAGGACGGUGUUGAUGAUGUUGUUCUUGUUGUUGGAUCAACCCGAAUUCCAAAGGUUCAUGGCAGAACCUGA